CGAGGAGGAAGGAGAAGGAGGAGUGAUAUCUGGACAUGAGAUGGAGUGGGAGAGAGUGCUGAUUGAUGAUGAAUGGAUGUGAAAGUUUUUCUGUCGAAGAGUUGUUUCAAAUAGAAGACGAGGAUGAUUCUGCGGUUGUGUGAGAUCUGGAUGGAAGAAGGAGGGUUGGAGAAUGGUUGGUGUUCUUGUGAUUGAGAGCAUUUGCAAAUGUUUGAUUGAUAUUUGACAAAUUUGGAGUGUCCUUGAGCCGGAAAGUAAUUUCCAGAGGUGAACUUGAGCUGUGGACGUCUUGAUGAUUCUUGAAAUGUUACUGCAUCGGGUGCAAACCUUUGAGCGACAUGAUGUUUAUCUUCGAAUUUGUUUUUUUGUGUGAUGCUCUAUUUUUUCGAUGUGAAAUGUGUGGUUGCAAAAUGAUAACCAAGUUGAGUUGAUGUUCCGAGAGAUCGUCUCACUGUGACUCUUCGGACCCAAAGCAAUUUCGUGCGACUUCUUCACCCAGUUCUCUCGAAUGGAUGUGUUUCUGUUCAUUUACACUUUUGUCUUUUUGUUCGUUUACAAUUUUGUCUUCCUGUUCAUUUGCACUUGAUUUCAUUGAUCUUGACUGGGAAUAUUCUGACUGCCUCUGGGUAGAGCACUGAGCUCGCUAUCGCUCAGCCCGUUCACUUCGAGAUGCUCGCCGACAACGAUGGCACUUGCAACUCCAUGCCCGGAUGGGAUCCUCUCCACAUCUGGAACCCCCGCGACUACCACGAGGAUCCUGACUGCCGCCUUAACCCGAUGUACCAGCAGCGCGGCAUGGGCGUCGGUGCCUCCUACGGUGGCAAGUACUAAAUCUUGCUAGUUGGCACCUGUACUUGAACAGAAUCUCAUUUUGCAGCAUUUGAAGUGAAAUUGUCUUAACGCA